AUGCUAGAAUUCGACUUUAUAUAUGUUGGAAAACGGUCCCAUCAGAGCCCUCUCGCUAGACAUUUGAGUGUGGUGGCUGUAAAUGUACCCCCGCCUCCACCUUUUUCUCCUGCGGCAUCCGAUUCGGCUCAAUGUCUCCAACCAUCCGGCACCUGCGACGAAGCCGGUGUCGAUUUAGGUGACUCUGAACACUACGAGCGAGAACGACCCUCACCUGAGUGUUUUAUCCCUUCUGAUAGCCUUGUGCACUUCAUUUCAUUGCCAAGCUACGAUAGUAUCUGCAAGAAUGGGGAUGCUACUCUGCCGCCUGAUGCCACUUUCUGCUUUCCGCCCCCCACCCUACUCAAUGAUCUCCUAGUUGAUGAGAGGGCGCUUCCACUAGAAACUGGUCUCACUUCUGCGAUGCCACUUGAUUCGCUUCCACCAUCUUAUGCAGAACCUACAGUCCAGCCUAACAGCAGCCUUGUUUCUUCGCCACUUUCGGAUUCCACACCUGAAUCUGAUCAUGUUGGUCAUUCAGCUUCAUAA